AUGGCACUUUGGGGUCUCUUUGGCGAUGGCAAGCCGUGGAGGUGCAUUGGGGGGUGCGGCCUGGGGUGGUCAUAUACCGACCGACGUGGUGUUUGGCUGCGGCAUGACAUUCGAGAGACGACAGAGAGACUGAGUAGCAGUGACGCUCUUCUUCGGAUUCAGGAAAAGUACAGACGAGGCGACGAAGAGGAUGAAGAGGAUGGUGAUCAGGAGCAUUGCAAGUUGGGAUUCGGAAAGCACGACGCAGCAAGGGUCUCGAGUGUCUCCUUCCUGUCCAUCCACGCUCUUUCCCUUGUCACCCCUCACCUCACCUCACCUUCAGGAAGGUACUUGCCAGUCCCGCUCCCUCCCCUCCUUCCCCCGGCCGUCCCCGUCCGUUUCCCGACGUUCCUUCCAAAACUUCAAAUUGAUCCAAUGAAAAUGGAAAUGGAAGUUGCAAAAUGCAAGUCCCUUCGGGUUGCUCCUGCCCUUGACAUCAUUCCACAACAGUCCCACUAA